AUGAUCCCGAACGCACUCAGAGCCCUUCUCGAACGCUUGCAGCCACCGCAUAAAGACGAUCUGUGUCACGCGUGCCAGCUACAAGGCAUCGAAACGCCACUCCCUGAUUUCAGCGCUCGCUUCUCGUGCGAAGAUUGCAUUCCGAGCCCCGCUUUCUGCACAGAAUGCGUCAAGAAAUGGCACCACUUCACACCGUUCCAUCGCCUGCUCGAAUGGAAGACACAGAAACAAACCUGGCUGAAUACGACACUAUGCAACUUGGGCGAUAUCAUCGUCAUCGGGCACCCUGACGGCAGCAAAUGCGCAUCCACGUCGCAAGAGACGCCGCUCACCAUCAUCCACGAGCACGGGUUCUGCGUCGAUUACAAGGUCCGCUACUGCAAAUGCAGGGGCGGGGCAGAAACGCUUCAACGACCUCUUUGUCUGCUGGAACAUGGUAUAUUCCCGGGAUCGUGGUCCAACAACGUUGGCACCGCGUACACCCUCAACGCGUUGAAGAUUCUCGACGCGAAUCUCGUUCAAGCCCAGUCCAGCAUGCACGAUCUCUUCAUCGUGCUCACACGUUUGACGGACGAGAUCGCAAGAUUGGACACUCUCGACCGCGCAAGGCAACUCUUGACCGCGAUGCGAGAAUACAACUUCCUUAUGACGUGCAUGCGGCACGGGGUGGUACCAGAGGCCGGGAAACCUCUGGAGAGGAACGCGUUGGCGUUGGCGUGCCCUCUGUGCCCACAGCCGGGCAUCAAUAUGCGUCCAGGUUACCAAAACAGGGAUAAAAAAUACCAAUACCUCGACACACCGUACCUCGUAUGGGACGGCAACUUUCGCCAACAUAUGCGACCCAAAAAGGUGGAUAUGGAGGACCAGAGCCUAUACCGUGGUGCGAGCUACUUUGCGGACAGCAAAGACCUGGAGAAGCACUUGAACCUGAUCGGAGAGGAGGACAAAGAGCCUCUGACUUGCCACACAUUCAAAGCCGCGGGCUACACUGGCCACACAGGAACGGUCGCUGGCCUAGUGGCGGGUGUUUGCCGACACGGUUUAGUACUGGGUGGGAGCGCCGUCAACCUGUCGAAGGGAGAACGGUUUGCAAUGGUAGACUUCUCCAUGAUGUCGGCGUGGGCGCCAUACCACGCCUUACCGAGAAUGAAGAUGUGGUAUGAUGUGGGAUGCAUGUUCGACGUCAACCUGCAAAAGCGACUGCGCAAGAUGGCGUCCCACGCCCGGCAGCUUCCUUCCGUGGGGGACCUGAACAGUGAGAACCUACCGAAGAUCGAAGUGGCCAUCAGCGACUUCCACAUAGGAGCGCACAAGACGGAAUGUCAUACGAGACACAACGCCAACCUUCGUCAUGGGAGCGCUCGAACGGCUGGCGAAAACCCGGAGCCCCUCUGGGCUCAACUGAACGGGGUCGCGAGUCGCACGAAGGAGAUGGGGCACGCACAUCGUAUAGACACGCUGACGCGUUCGAUCGACGACAUCAACAUGAAGAAGAUCAUCCACCAGCCGCAAACGCAGAGAGACCUAUACGACGUCGCGGUGGAAUGCUGUAAAGACCAGAAACAGUACUACGAAGGCCUCGAGGCCAGCCUGAAGAAACAUCGACCGGAGCUUCUGGAGCAGUGGAAAGGAGAGUUUAAGACGUGGGAAGAAGAGGUGGUGGACGUGGACAAACGCAAGAUGGAGGGGUUUCAGAACCCCUUCGAGCUGAAGGAAGACUCCACCGCGGACCGCCUACGCUCGGGCGAGGAGAAGCUCGAGACUGCGGCUCCAGUCGACGACGACGAGAUGAAGGACGCCGUGGGUGUCAUUGAAGACGCCAUCAAGCUGGAGGAAGAAAGGUGGGUGUAUCGUACGACGCACGAGGGGUGGGGAUCUCACGAUAUGCGUCCAGGACGGGAUACGCCGAGGAAGCUCAGGGGGCUACAACAACAAGUCCAGAUUUUCGCCGCAGAGGCCAGCGAGAUGGAAGAAAGAUACAAGCUUCACGUAUCCCCCUCUCUCUCGCGUGCGGCGAACAAAAUCCGCACGACGCAGGCCCAACUCCCGAACAGCUUCCCGCUGGACCCAGAGACGGAGAAGCCCCUGCCCAAAGACCUCUCUAACGUCCCCAACGAGCUCGCGCGGAACCUGGUGCGAGACCUGGAGGCCGUGUCGAUGGUCGAAUUGCCCUCUAGCCAUCACGUUUCCAUCCGGACACACGGCGCCGCUGACAUGAUCGUCGCCGUAGAGCGGCGGCUACGGAUGGCGCAGGCAAAGCAAGCUUUGGACGAAUAUCGCGCCCUCCUCGCAGGGGCGAAAUCGCUGAGUAUCAUUAACUCGCAAGGUGUCGGCCUGACGCAUCGAAAGAGGAUGCGGGACGCGGCGAAAGAGCCGGCAAUUCGUCGCGAGGAGACCAGAAUCAAAUACACCGAAGCGCGCAGCAAGAUGGCGCGGUUGACGAAGGAGGAGAAGGAUCCCCACCUGCAGGCCUUGAAGUCCGUGGAGGCGGAUACGCAGAUCUUCACUUUAGACCACGCAGAUCGCAAGAGAGGCGACACUCACCGUACCCCAGACUGGAUAUGGGGAGAUCUCGAAUGGCUGUUUCAAAUGAACGACGAUGACAUUCGAAAGAUACUUCCCAAGGUGAAAUGUCACUGGUUCAGAUGCUUUGCGGGGCAAUAUCGUUGGCAGGAAGAGGUCUAUCUACGACCCGAAGAAAUGUAUCGCAUGUUCGCCACAUACGACUUUCACAUCGCGCGAUUCGACAAACUCGCCGAGGAUGCGAAGAAACACCAACCGGGUGAUACGACAAAUAAGACGUCACCGCGACUGGGCGCCGCGACAUUCUACUACAGGUACGGUUGUACUGAGCUCAUUUACAUCGAGAUCGCACUGACCCCGGACCAGGAAGAAGCACAGCUGGGAGAAGCUCAAGGAGGCGGCGCAGGAGGAAUAUCCCGAGCACCUGUACAAGGUACGCUCGUAUGA